AUGCGGUGGCGAAUCUUCAUUUUUGCCUGUCUCCUACUAAAGGGGCUGGCUCGAACGGAGGAUGUGGAGGUGGUCGAGGCGAUCCCAGGGGAGGACAAUCGAAACGACAAUUCGGCCCUGAACCGUCAGGACAACGACAUCAAUAGUUCCGACCAGUUGGCAUUGGAGUCAUUAGGCGAGAAAGACACCGGUAGCAAUCAUUACAAACAGGGUGGUCUGCGAGGACAUCCCCUUCCUCUGCCUCCGAGUCGAGGUGGUCUGGGACUGCCUCAUCCGAGACCGCACCAUAAUGUUGCUUAUCAUGGUCCGCCGCCGCCCUUGCCGCCUUCGAAGACGCCAUCGGAGGCCAUCGACAAGAUCUACACGACGGGCGGCGGUAUCAGCACAGCGGUAGGCGCAGAACCCUGGCCAGCGCCUACGCCCGACAUGCCCAAGAUCAUUUCGCUGGACGUGAAGUGCGAGAAGAAUCUGAUGAAGGUCUACCUCGGUUUCGAUAAACCUUUCUACGGCAUAGUCUUCAGCAAGGGCCAUUACAGCAACGUUAAUUGCGUACACUUGCCGGCGGGUUUGGGGCGAACGUCGGUCAACUUCGAGAUCAGCAUACACGCGUGUGGCACGGCUGGAAAUACGGAGAAUGGCUUGUACGGUUACGGCGCCGAAUCAGGAUCGGGGACGUACUUCGAGAACAUCAUCGUGGUUCAAUACGAUCCUCAAGUUCAAGAAGUUUGGGACCAGGCGCGCAAGCUGCGCUGCACUUGGCACGAUCUGUACGAGAAGUCGGUUACGUUCCGUCCGUUCCCCGUGGACAUGUUGGACGUGGUACGAGCCGAUUUUGCCGGCGAUAACGUCGGUUGUUGGAUGCAAAUACAGGUGGGGAAGGGUCCAUGGGCCUCCGAGGUCUCCGGGCUGGUUAAGAUCGGUCAAACGAUGACGAUGGUGCUAGCAAUAAAGGACGACGACUCCAAGUUCGAUAUGCUCGUGAGGAACUGCAUGGCUCACGACGGCAAACGGGCCCCGAUACAGUUGGUGGAUCAAAGGGGAUGCAUCACGAGGCCCAAGCUCAUGUCGCGGUUCACCAAGAUCAAAAACUUCGGCGCCUCGGCGUCGGUCCUCUCCUACGCCCAUUUCCAGGCAUUCAAAUUCCCGGACUCGAUGGAGGUGCAUUUCCAGUGCACCAUACAGAUCUGUCGGUACCAAUGUCCCGAACAGUGCUCCGAGUCGCCUUUAUUGCUGGAGUCUCAGGGUCUUCUCGAGAAUCAUCAUCAUUCGUCCAGCAGUCAUCUCGAUUCUAGCUACGGUCUCCCACCGCCUAUUCCGCUUCCUUUGGAAGCGUACUUGCAAGCGACCGCUGGUCGUCCUCGGGAUGAGAGGCGGAGGAAGUCUCGAGAAAUAGUACCGUCUCCGCAGAAGGCGGUCGGAGUAAAUCGAAUAAUACGCGUGGUUUCGACCGGCGAUUUAACGUUCUCCAUCGACGACUCCAACAAUGGGGAAUCCAAUGGACCGACUAUGGUGUUUCCUGUCCGAAACGAGAACACCGCGAGUUCGGCUAUGAUCUGCAUGACCACACCAGGGUUCGCUGUUACUCUCAUAGUACUUCUCGCUGUGUUACUUUCCUCGUGUAUACUUUCUACCUACCUCUGCCUACGUCUAAGACCGUUCUCAGGAAAAGCUAGGAAGGCGGCCAUGUAUUAUUCCGGCGAACAGAAUGCUCCUAAAAAAUCGACGAGGACGUGUUUCUAUUCAUAA